CCCUAGAGUCUAGAUCUAGAUCUAUCUAGAUCUAUGGCGUUUAUCUUUUAUUCUAUUUUCGAUAUUGGUUCCGUUCGGCACAUAUGAUGACCGUCUUCAUGACCUAGAAUGACCUAGAUUCUCUAGAUCUAGAUUUAGUUUAUUGUGUGAAAGUGUAGAGUACUCUAAAAAGAGUACAGUGGUACUCUAAAAAGAGUACAGUGCAGGCCUAUCAAACUUUACAGAUUUAGAAUCUGUCAUGAAUUUAGAUUAACUCUAACAAAAUACCAUCAAGAUUCUAGAUCUCUUACUAGAUCUAGGACUAGACAUCUAAUAACUAGUUACUAGAUCAAGAGAUCUAUCUAGAUUUUUAUCUAAUCUAGAUCUAGUUCUAUUCAACUGUUUGGAUUUGUUUGAGUAUUUGGAAAAUGAGUUUCAAUGGUUGCCAGCAUUUACAGGAUUAUAAAGUAUCAACAGGAACAGAUACAUUUCAAAGUAUUUAUUCAUACUUUGUUGCCUGUUCUUCUGAUGAUAUUCGUCGUAAAAAGGCUCAAAUCUGCAAAUGUGUAACAUGUGAUGAUAUUCAACCUCGUUUACAUGCUUGUUUGUCAUGCAUUUUCUUUGGUUGUUAUGAAAGAAAACACAUCCAUGAACACUCAGAUGAAAGAAAGCAUCCAAUAGCCAUUGAUGUCUCAUAUGGAACAAUUUUUUGCUUUAUCUGCGGUGACUAUGUAUAUGAUUCAGAGCUUGAAGAAUUAGCAAGAAUAAAAUGCCAGCUUUCUACAAUGUCAUCAGGUCUUAAGCAACGCUUUUUUCCUUGGGAACCCUCAGAAGAGGAGCUUAUUCUAUUAAGAUGUAAUCCUAAAAGGCGGCGUGUAACAGAAGCAUCACACAUUGGCCUCAGAGGCUUGAUUAAUUUGGGCAACACAUGCUUUAUGAACUGCAUUUUGCAGUCUUUAGCGCACACACCUAUUUUGCGUGAUUAUUUUAUGGCAGACAAACAUGCUUGUCAAAAGAUUGAUGAAUCACAGCAGUGUUUAGUUUGUGAGAUGGCUAGAUUAUACCAAGAGUUUUAUUCAGGUUCUCGAACUCCAUUCAUACCCUAUAAAUUGCUUCACUUAGUAUGGACAAAUGCCAGACAUUUAGCCGGUUAUGAACAACAGGAUGCACACGAGUUUCUUAUUGCUGCAUUGGAUGUAUUGCAUAGGCACUGCAAAGAAAUGAAUGGUGUAAGCAGCAGUAAUCCUCAUCACUGUAAUUGCAUAAUAGACAGAAUUUUCACUGGUGGUCUUCAAUCUGAUGUAACUUGUAAACGUUGCAAUAAUGUUUCAACAACUAUAGACCCCAUUUGGGACAUUUCAUUAGAUCUUGGUCCAGGAUCAAUUCAUUCAUCACAUGUAUUGUCAUCCUCAUCAACUGCAGCAGCCGUAGCUGAUCAGAAUUCUAUACACUGUAUACCAAUAAUAACAGAUGAGAGUAUUGCAACUAACAAGUUAAACUCACAGUCUCUGGCUACUGAAUUCUCUUCUUCUCCAACACCAGGUUUCACAAAUAGCCCGGGAAAUUAUGAACCUACAUCAUUAGUGGAAUGCUUAAAAAGGUUUACAAAAACAGAACACUUAGGGAAUUCUGCUAAAAUAAAAUGUAGUAAAUGUCACAGUUAUCAAGAAUCUACUAAACAGCUGACUAUGAAAAAGCUCCCAAUUGUUGCAUGUUUUCAUUUAAAGCGAUUUGAACAUUCCACUGGCUACCACAAGAAAAUUUCAACGUUUGUCUCCUUUCCUGAAGAGUUAGACAUGACGCCUUUUAUGUCUUCAUCUCGAAGCAACAACAAUGGCUACAACAGUCAACAUACCCAUUCAACCUCAAACCUUUGCUGUGAUAACAACAGAUAUUCAUUAUUUGCUGUUGUCAAUCACUAUGGAACCAUUGAGUCAGGUCACUACACUUGCUACAUACGAUCUCUUAAAGAACAGUGGUAUAGGUGUGAAGAUCAACUUAUCAAAAGAGCUACUGCUGGAGAAGUACUUAAUAGUGAAGGGUACUUAUUAUUUUAUCACAAGCAAGUGCUUGAAUAUGAAUAGUGGAAGUGAAAUCACAGGACAUACAAAUAAAAGUCUGCACUAGUGCAUAUACCUGAUUUGUCAUAAACUAUUUAACACAAACAACCUUGUCCUGGAUAUGCUAAAGAAACACUUCUUAUGGUGUUAUAUAAUUAAUGUAAAGAGAGUUCUGCUAAAACAGAGUUGGUCACAUAAAAAAAUA